AUAUAUUGAUGAACCGAAUUCAACACAAUCUUCUUCAAAUUCAGAACUAAACUUAAAUCCAUCAACUUCAAGUUUUAGUCAACCUCUUGUUUUUGAUUCACUUAAUCCAUCUACAGCUACUAGUACUAUUAUUGAAGAGUCAAGUUCAAACAUAACAAAUAAGCAAACAAAAAUGACGCAAUUCACUCUAAAUAAAACCUCUAAAACUAAAAUUGAUAACGCCCUUGCAUACUUUAUUGCUACUAGUAUGACACCGUAUAAUGUGGUGGAAAAAGAAGGUUUUAAACUUUUUGUCAACGCAUUAAAUCCAAGUUACAAACUACCUAGUCGAAAAACAGUAACAGAAUCUCGAAUUCCUAAGCUUUAUAUAGAAACACGUAAUAAUGUCGGACAAAUUAUAGAAAAAGCAAAUUAUGUAUCUUUUACUACAGAUUGCUGGACGUCAAGUUCAAACAAACCAUUUAUUGCAAUGACAUGUCACUUUAAUACUAAUUUCAAAUUAAACUCUGCCUGUUUGGGUUGUAUUGAGUUAUCUGAAGACCAUACAGGAGACAAUAUUGCAGAUGUUUUACAAAUGUUCAUUUUGGACUAUGAAAUACCAGACUGGAAAAUUUGUUCGAUUACAACCGACCACGGCUCUAAUAUGUUAAAGGCUGUCAAUAAUUUGAGUAUACCACAUGUGGACUGUUUUGGUCAUGCUCUAAAUAUAGGAGUUUCAGUUAUUUUAAAUUUGGAUAGUGUGAAGGAUGUUGUAAAUAAAGUAAAGUCAAUCCAUAAUAUAUUUGCGCAUAGCUGGAAAGCUGCUAGGGAAAUGGAAAUAGUUCAAGAAAGAUUUAGCCUUCCACAAAAAAAAUUUCCAUCCUAUUCUAAGACUCGGUGGUGGUCAAUGUUAGAAUUAAUAAACGUUAUAAUUGAUCAAGAUCUUGGUCUUGCUAGUUUUCUUCGUACCUAUAAAAAUGACAAUUUGGCAGGUGAUUCGUAUGUGACAGGCUCAGCAAUACUUCCAAUAGUAUCUUCUCUCAAGUUGAAAUUAUCAGAAGUGGUAGAACGAACAGACACAGAUUUAAACAGACCACUAAUUCAAAAUAUGUAUUCGGCUAUUAUUGAUGUUCUAGAGAGGCGUUAUACAAACAAUACAACUUUAAUGAUUUGUUCCACUACAAAUGAUGAAACAUCAGAUAGAAGUUAUAGGAGUCAACCAGCUGGACAAAAAAAAAGGAAAACCGGAAUAUCAGCAAUUUUUUGCAUUCCAGAAAUUGAAAAUGUUCAUAAUAUUCAAGAAAUUACCAUUACCCUAAGAAUGAAGAUUGAAAGUGAGUUAAACUUAUACCUUACAAUACCGAAUUGUAACUUCGAUCAAGAACCACUGGAAUGGUGGAAUAUGAAUAAAGAUACAUAUCCAAUGUUAUCUUUAUUAGCAGAAAAAUGUUUGACAGUGCAAGCUACAAGUGUAGCCUCUGAACGUGUGUUCAGCAAAGGUGGCUGUAUUCUAACAGAUCUAAGAUCAUCAUUAAGUAAUGAACAUGCAAGCCAACUCAUAUACUUAACGAUGAAUAAGGACUAUGUCCCCAAGCCAAUAUUUUAA